AUGGCCUCGCGAGUUUUGCGCCUUUGCGUGCUUCUCCAAGCGCUAGGUAGCACUCAGGCUUUUGCGCCUCCUUGGACCGUCACCAAAUAUUUCGAAGCAUCUGUAACCACUUUCCCAGGACAAACAGGGCGUUAUGGAACGUACCCAGCUUCAGAAUACACCGAGACAACGGCCAUUGUACCAACAGUUUCAUCACCUCGCGCCACCACAACAUUCACCACAUCCAACUAUCACGAUGUCACCAUCAUAGCAAUUGGCCUUGAACCAGGCCAGGGGACGUCUUCAACUUAUGACUUCUACACGGAAUCCCAAACCUACUACAUUCCCCUCACGUAUACAUACCCGUCAUCAUGCUCUGUAACAUCUGGAGAGAGUACCAUCACCACAUCUGGACAAGUUACAAUCCCAACUGAUGUCCGGAACCAGAUUACCCCAACCCAGACAUCAAUAACAACGUCAACAGAGGAAUACCGUCUUACGACAUAUCGGUAUACAAAUACGGGGGCGCUUUUGAACCCGACGGACCUUCCAUCCGCGGUUUACAGCAGCGUCGAAGCCGAGAAUACCCCUUUUGAGAUCAGGUACUGUAAAUAUUCCUCAGGAUACGGUUCAGGGACUAGUUCUGGUUCAGGAUCUAGCUCUGGUUCUUACUAUGGCAAUUCUUGUUACGGGUAUUAUGGGUGCCACCGCUCCUAUUGGCCUGGAUAUUUGGCGUUGUCCCUUAUUAUCAUCUUCUGUUGGUUCGGCUUCUUUUUCAUCGUGGGUUUGAUUGAGAGCACUGUUAGGUUCAGAAGACUUAUGCGCGGCCGCGGGGCAAGCAGAGGGCUGCCAAGGCCAAAACCGAGAGAAGAGCAAGAAGAAUUGGAAAGAAAUUGGAAAUCCAUGUCCUUCGCUGCGAAAUUUACUCUCUGGUUAAAAUACGGAUUUAGCAGAAGCUAUCCUCCACAGCUUGGUACACCACCUCCCCUUGCGACUGAUCCAUUGCCCACCGAGCAGCCUCAAAUGGCACAACAGCCUCCAGUUCCAGGUGUUAUGCCACCACUCCCUCAACAGACGGGACCACAGCCUCUGUCUCAGCAGACAAAUCAACAAGCUGAGCAGAACAUAGAUAUCCGACAGCAAGAACAACAACCUCAUUCCCACCUGACAGAGCAACAGCCAGGAGCUCCACAGAGAGAAUACGAGCCGUUGCCAGUCCCAGCCCCAUACCAACCACUUCCAACAGUUGCCCACAGUAGCAGCAACAACAACAACAACCUGUUAUUCGAGCAAUCUGGACAGGUAAUCUCGCCGGUUUCUGGAAGUGGCUCUCCAAUUCCUCACCAAACGGAAUUACGAGAAUCGCCGGCUGGCACAGCUGAAGUCCCCAACGGUGGACCUAAAGCUAUUUAA